UAAUUACACUCAUUGCCACUCUCCUCAACACACACACACUUUCUUCUCUCUCGAUCUCUCCAAAAAAAAAAGCUUCCAUUUUUCUUCUCCCUCUCUCUCUGUGGCUAGGUUAUUUUUUGCUUACCGGGUUUUGUUUCUCGAGCUCCAUUUCCUCUUUGAGAAAGCUCUUGUCUUUCCUUCUAAAAACAAAAAAAAAAGUUCACUUUUUUUCCCCUUUCUGUUCCCACUUUCAAGCGGAGACAAGUAGUCUUGUAAUUAACUUUUUUUCGAGCUUAUAAAGUUUCGAUUUUUGCAAUGUUAUAUGACUAAUUCAAAGUUAAGUUAAGUUAAAAUUAGGAGUUUAGGACAUUGCUUCUCUGUCUGUCUGUUGUCCUAGGGAGUGAAUUGGAAGUUAAGUUAGGUUUUUUUAGUCAUCUCUUUUCGAUCUGUAAGUUUGGAGAGAGAGAGAGAGAGAGAGAGAGAUGAAUCGAAGUUUUAGGGCACAAGAGUCGUCUCGGUUUCUGGAUUCAGCAGCGAGGCAGAGACAGCAACAGCUUAGGGCUUCUAUGAUGGCUGAGAAAGAUGAAGAGCUCUCUUUGUUUCUCGAGAUGAGGCGGCGCGAGAAAGAGCAGGAUAAUAAUAGUCUCCUUCUCAACAACAACCCUGAUGACUUCGAGACUCCACUAGGUUCAAAGCCUGGAACUUCACCAGUGUUUAACAUCGUCUCAAGUGGUGCUGCUGCACGGAAGACAGGUCCUCCUGAUGAUGAUUUCCUCAAUUCUGAAGCCGACAAAAAUGACUAUGAAUGGCUUCUGACACCUCCAGGUACUCCUCUCUUUCCUUCGCUGGAGAUGGAAUCACAUAGGACCAUGAUGAGUCAGACUGGUGAUUCAAAGGGUCGUCCAGCUACAUUGACUUCUAGGCUGGCUAAUUCAUCAUCAGAGCCUACUGCCAGGAACCAUCUAACAUCUAGACAACAAACUUCCUCUCCUUCUGGAUUGAGCUCUUCCAAUGGACCAACUCGGAGACCUUCAUCAUCUGGAGGACCUGGAUCAAGACCCUCCACUCCCACUGGAAGAUCAUCAUCAACGCUGACAACUAAUUCAAAAUCCUCAAGGCCUUCCACACCAACCUCACGAACCACCGUCUCCUCAACUACUCGACCUUCUCUGACUAGUUCCAGGUCCUCUUCAUCUGCAACCACUAAGCCCACGCCUCCUAUGAGCAGGUCAACGAGUUCAUCUAGGCUCACACCUACUGCAUCUAAACCAACUACUAGGCCUCCAGGUUCAACCACUAGAUCCACCGCUAGCACCGCCACAAGAUCUGCAGGUCCUUCUAGGUCCACCACACCUCUGUCAAGAUCUACUGCUAGAUCUUCAACACCUACUUCUAGACCCACACUUCCUCCUCCGCCUAAAACCAGAUCCAGGUCAGCUACACCAACUCGCCGUCCGAGUGCUGCUGCAACAACCACUACAUCAAAGCCAACAAUAUCAUCCCAAAUCAAGCCUUCUUCUCCAGCUGCAAAGCCAAUGCCAACACCAUCUAAAACCCCUGCUGCUGUAUCACGUGCUCCUUCUCCUACAGUGAGGUCAAGACCAUGGAAGCCAUCAGACAUGCCUGGCUUCUCGCUAGAGACUCCUCCAAAUCUAAGAACAACAUUACCGGAAAGGCCACUCUCAGCAACAAGAGGCAGACCGGGAGCUCCAAGCCCUCGUUCUAAUUCAGUUGAGCCUGGGGGUCUUGCAGGAGGAGGAAGACCGAGAAGGCAGUCAUGCUCACCGUCGAGAGGAAGAGCACCGAUGCACACUAGUGGUAGCUCUGUUCCUGCGGUUAACCGUGGAUACUCCAAAGCCAAUGACAAUGUUAGUCCUGUCAUGAUGGGAGCAAAAAUGGUGGAGAGAGUGAUAAACAUGCGGAAACUGGCUCCUCCUAGAUCAGAUGAAAAGGGUUCUCCUCAUGGUAACUUGUCUGCAAAGUCCUCAUCACCAGACAGUGCAGGGUUUGGAAGAAAUCUCUCCAAGAAGUCCCUUGACAUGGCCAUAAGGCAUAUGGAUAUACGUAGGACCAUACCAGGGAAUCUGAGACCACUAAUGACAAACAUUCCAGCAUCAUCAAUGUACAGUGUGAGAUCUGGACAUACUCGUGGCAGACCAAUGAAUGUAUCAGAUUCUCCACUAGCAACAAGCAGCAACGCGAGCUCAGAGAUCAGUGUCUACAACAACAAUGGCAUGUGCUUAGAGGCAGCUAGCGAAAAGGAAGAUGACGCAGGCAGCGAGAGAGGUUGCAGGUCCCCUGCAAGCAGCUUACAAGGGAGAUAGGAUGAAAAGAAUGAAGAAGAAAUCUGUAAACCGUUGACUUUUGAGAUCCUCUUCUCUCAAUUAUUAUUGCAGAGUGUCUUUCACACGAGAUUGAUGAUGAUAUCUGUCUAACCUGAAGUCGCCUCUAUGGUAUUUCUUGUUGUUAUCUGAUUGUUUGAGAUAAUUUAACCACUUUUUUUAAUGAUU